UUUUAAAGGCAGAUGUGAAAGUCUCUAGUCUCAUCUUCAUUGCACAGAAGUCUUAGGUUUCUCUUUUCACCAGACAGAGCAUUUCUUCCUCUGUCCCACAAAUGCAACUCUGGCAGUCCUGAAAGAAGAGAAGCAGACACAACCCUCUGAACCUGGGAUUAACCACUGCCUCUGUUUUCAUCAGGAACUGCAGCACAAACACCUGAAAAGAUGGUACCAAAUCUGAGCUGCUUUCCUCUCCUCCUAAUGCUGCUGGGACUAUGGAGCACAGUGUGCCCACUUUGUGCUUUACCUAAGAGGCUCACCAAGGCUCACUGGUUUGAAAUCCAGCACAUACAGCCAAGUCUUCUCCAAUGCAACAGGGCAAUGGGUGGUGUCAACAAUUAUACUCAGCACUGUAAACCUGAAAACACCUUCCUGCAUGACUCUUUUCGGGAUGUAGCUGUUGCCUGCAAUUUGCCAAACAUCAUCUGCAAGAAUGGUCGGAACAACUGCCACCAGAGUGCAAAGCCUGUCAACAUGACCAACUGCAGACUCACUACCGGGAAGUAUCCUCACUGCCGCUACAGUGAUACUGCCCAGUACAGAUUCUUCAUUGUUGCCUGUGACCCUCCUCAGAAGAGUGACCCUCCCUAUCGGUUGGUUCCUGUACACUUGGAUAAGCUCAUCUAAGGUUUGGAGCACUUUUCCUCUUCUGCUUUUUCUUUUAUUUUGUUGAUUUUCUUGUUCCCAUGGAAGAGAAGGAAGGUAUUGGAAGAAUUUGAGUAUCUAGGAUACCAGACCAGAGUUGAAACAAAAAAACAAAAAAAUAGGUUUCUUUACUGCUUUGGAGUUCUGUCUGUUUUGAGAAACGGCAAAUAGGGAAGAGGGCAAAGAAGCAUCCAGGCCUCCAGAUUUUUAACCUUGGGACUUCUGCCAAACUUUGUAAAACUGUAUUCACAACAAUAAAUCCACU